AUGGCUCGAAGCUUGCACAUCUCGGCCGGCGAUGGGGUUGAGGUGAGGCGGGAGGAGCUGGCGGUGCGUGCGGCUCGCGGGGAGAUGACCUGGUGGCUUUGGGGCGUUUCGCAGUCGACCUGCGUUAUCAACGCCGGCCGUACCCAAGGCCAAAAAUACCCGUGGGUCACUCAAUCCCAGUUUGGCAAGCAAAUUAAACCGCAGGGCACUGCUCGGUCGCCUGUGGCAAGGGGAGGUGCAUCAAAGGCUGCCCCUGCGCCCGACAAACAGCGUCGAGCCCCUCACCAGGCCGCUUUCGCAAGUGCCUAA